AUGCUACUGUUGGCAUUGAGUGAUGCACAUAUACCAGAUCGGUCAAUUGACUUACCAUCGAAGUUCAAGAAACUUUUAAAUGUACCCAACAAGAUUGGACAGGUGGUGCUGCUGGGUAACUGCACUCGCUCUUACCAAUUCCUGAAGUUUGUGAACGAGGUGUCCAGCAAUGUGGUGAUCGUGCGGGGGGAAUUCGAUAACGCAACCAUCCGUACAGUGCAAAAUGUGAAGGAGGAGAUACCGAUGAACACGAUCAUAAAGCAGGGUGACUUCAAGAUUGGGUGCUGCAAUGGCUACACACUGGUGCCCAAGAGCGACCCUCUUUCGCUUCUGAUUCUGGCACGACAGCUGGAUGUCGACAUCAUGCUUUGGGGCGGAACGCACAGCGUGGAGGCAUACACGCUCGAGGGAAAAUUCUUCAUAAACCCUGGCUCCUGUACCGGAGCAUUCAGCACCGACUGGCCCCUGCAGGAUGACGCUCUGCAGGGAGAAGGCAGCCCAUCGGCCAAGUUGAACGGAGCUGCCACCGCCCCUCAGCCCACGGAGGGAGAGGCUGGCGACGAGAAUGGUUUACAGCAGGAACUGAGCACAUCUAGUCGCACACCGCGGGAAGCCGAGGCUAGGGUGCUUGGAUCUCCGAACAAUAGGCGCGAGCUCGAAGGGGGCGCUGCGGACGUGGAAGCAGAAGAGAACUCGGAAGACGAUGAGGAGGUUGACGAGGUAGACAUAAAUGGCGGGUGCAUACCGAGCUUCUGCCUGCUUGACAUAUCGGGCUCUACGUGCACGCUUUAUAUCUAUACAUUUGUGAGCGGGGAGGUGAAAGUGGAUAAGGUGGUGUAUAAAAAAGACUAG